AUGGAGACAUCACUAGACGCCGUCUUCAACACCUUUAUUGAUACUAAUUUUGAUCCCCCACCACAAUCUAAAACUAAGAAGAGGGAACCUCAUACAAAAUCUAAGCAAAAAUUUACGCCAGAGGAAGACCAAAUAAUAAUUGAGCAAGUUAAUAAAAAUGGUCAGAAAUGCUGGCGUCAUAUUGCUGAACAUCUUCCCGGUAGGACGGCGAGACAAUGUCGUGAAAGAUGGGUAAAUUAUCUUUCUCCUAAUGUCUCCCGCGAUCCUUGGAAUAAGCAUGAAGACGACCUUCUUGUCCGUCUUGUUUCCGAGUACGGCCAACAAUGGUCAAGAAUCUCAUCCAAUUUCCCAUUAAGGACCGAUGUGAUGUUAAAGAACAGGUGGUCUUAUUUAAAGCGCCGUGUUCAGCCUCAAGCUGAAAACACUUCUAGUGUAAGUGUUCAGCAAGAGGUAUUGCUUCCAACACCCGCAGUCUCUGAAAGCGGACAAAUCUCAUUGGACAUUGCCCAAGCUGCUAAUGUCUGGGCCGAUAAUGAGGAGUACGCAGAUAAUUUGCCAUUCUGCGACUUCGCUUAUUACGAGAUCUGA